ACAGACAUGGCAUUAUUUAGAUGAUGAGAAUGAGGCUAAAAAUUGGCCUCAAUCUUGCAUUGAAAAGUAUUGGAUUGGAUUACCUUUUGAAUCGAAAACAUUUGAAAAACCAAAAACAGCUUUCAAAGCAGCCCGAAAUGGGUUCGAAUUUUUUAAGCAAUUACAAACUUCUGAUGGACAUUGGGCAGGUGAAUAUGGUGGGCCAAUGUUUUUGAUACCAGGACUUAUUAUCACAAUGUUUAUUACACAUAUUCCUAUCCCGGAAUCUUGGAGAAUUGAAAUUAUUCGAUAUGUGGUAAAUAAAGCAAAUCCUGUUGAUGGUGGAUGGGGGUUGCAUAUUGAACAUCAUUCAACAGUAUUUGGAACUGCCUUGAAUUAUGUUGUGCUUCGUAUCUUAGGUCUUGAUCCCGAUCAUCCGGUAAUGUUAAAAAGUAGAGAAACUUUGCACAAACUUGGAGGUGCAAUUGGUGCGCCUUCAUGGGGAAAAUUUUGGCUAGCAUGUUUAAAUGUGUAUGACUGGGAAGGGCUUAAUCCAAUUCCACCAGAAUUAUGGCUCCUUCCAUACUCUGCACCGUUUCAUCCAGGUCGUUUUUGGGUUCAUACUCGUGCAGUAUACCUCCCAAUGGGAUACUGUUAUGGACAUAGAAUAAGUGCCGAAGUUACUCCAUUAAUCAAACAACUUAGGCAGGAAUUAUAUGUUCAACCAUUUGAGACAAUUAAUUGGUCUAAAGCCCGAAACAAUAUUGCAGAAGUUGACCUUUAUGCUCCGCAUACCAAAAUAUUAAAUUUUUGCAAUUCUAUAUUAAAUAUUUAUGAAAAACUUCCUAAUUUUCUUGGAAUUCGUAAUAUUUCUCUUCAAGAGAGUUAUGAAUUAAUUAAAUAUGAAGAUGAAAAUACGGAUUUUCUUGAUAUUGCACCUGUUAGUAAAGUAAUGCACGUUCUUUGUACAUACUAUGAAGAAGGGCCAGAUUCUAAAGCAUUCAAGCUUUCUAAAGAAAGAUUAAUUGAUUAUAUGUGGCUAGGUCCAGAAGGAAUGAUGAUGUGUGGUACAAAUGGUACUCAAGUUUGGGACACUGCGCUUACAGUCCUUGCCGUAAUUGAAGCAGGUAGUAAUUGCGUUUUAUCAAAUUUGGAUGCUCAAUUAUUUAAACUUGUUCUCUUGAUAGGACUGGCAGAUGAUCCUUCAAAUCACCAAUCAAUGAUACAUGCACUCGAAUUUUUAGACGAUGCGCAAAUAAAAAAGAAUCCCAAAGAUAAUGAAAGAUGUUAUCGUUAUAAAGCAUUAGGUGCUUGGGGUUUUAGUACUCGUGAACAGGGAUACAAUGUUUCAGAUUGUUCUAGUUUAGGUAUCAAAGCUGUACUUAGUCUUCAAAAAAAUCUUGGUUACACGCCAGAUUUAGUAUCUAAAGAACGAUUAUGUCAGACUGUUGAUAUAUUACUAUCUAUGCAAAAUACUGAUGGAGGAUUUGCGAGUUACGAGCGUACUAGAGGCCUAAAAAUUCUUGAAUGGUUAAAUCCUGCAGAAGUUUUUGGAAAUAUUAUGAUUGAAUAUAGUUAUCCAGAAUGUACAGCUUGUGUCUUAACAGCUCUAAAUACGUUCCAGAAAUGGUAUCCUGCUUAUAGGGCUGAUGAAAUUAAGCAAAUUUCCAAAAACGCAAUUAUAUACCUACAUAAUUCUCAAGAUGAGAAUGGAGGUUGGUAUGGCUCUUGGGCUAUUUGUUACACAUAUGCUGCCAUGUUUGUUAUUCAAUGUCUUGAAAAUUUUGGUGAAACAUAUGAAAACAGCGAGGUAGUUAGAAAGGGAUGCGACUUCUUGAUUUCUAAACAAAAGGAUGAUGGUGGUUGGGGUGAAUCCUAUAAGUCAUGUGAAGAAGUGGCUUAUAUACACCAUGAAAACUCACAAGUUGUAAAUACUGCUUGUGCAUUGCUUGCUUUAAUGGCAGGUAAAUAUCCAAAUGAGAGACCAAUUCAACGUGGUAUACAGCUGAUCGCUUCACGACAAUUCCCAACAGGUGAAUGGAAGCAAGAGGCUAUAGAAGGAGUAUUUAACAAGAAUUGUGCAAUUAGUUAUCCAAAUUAUAAAUUCAUUUUUACAAUUUGGGCAUUAG